AUGUCGAACCUCCCCUCGCAACAUCCCACCCUCUCCCUCCACCUCACCGACCUCACUCUCACCCCGCUCAUCACGUCGUCCUCGUCGGAAAGCCACCUCGAGUCCCUCACCAAACUCACCUCCAGCGCCAUAACCUCUCAGACCACCGCCCAGCGCGCCAACCUCGGCCGCCCGCAGCGCAUCAUGGUCGAGUACCCAGACUCCGGCGCCGUCGUCUUACAGUCCUACCUCGACCCCAGAGAAUCCGGCGGCGGCGGCGAUCUCUCCGAGGAGUCGGACUCGUUUUCAAAAUACAAGUACAGAGACGAGCACGAGCACGACCAUGACCACCAUGUCGGCGACGAUGACAGCAGCAGCACCCGCACCCCGGACACGGCAAGGCCCGCCAUCGACGACACCGUGGCGCCCGCUCUGAUCAGCGUCGUCGUCGCUGCUACAUCGGACGAUGCGAGAGAGGCCCGGCGCGCUGCUGCGAGGCUGGAGCGCAUCGGCCGAGAGUUUCAGCGGGAGUGGACGGCACAGGGGCUGGAGCAGGACAAUGACGGGAGGAGCAGCAGCAACGCCGACUGA